UCCCAAAAAGCAUGGGCGUCCUACUUCACCAACAUGAUCUUCUCCAUAGGCCUCCUCCUCGAGAAGCCCUAUUCGCCAUGCUCGGAUAAUCUCACCCACCAAAGCCUCUACCGCCUUGCCGUGACAAAAUACCUCUCCCACGUCUUCGCCCUCCCAGACCGUCUCCUCCACAUCCAGGCCUACCUCCUCCUCGCCAUGCACGCGAUAUACUCCCCCUCCACGGAACGCAUCAUAUCCAUCGCCUCGGCGACGAUGCGCUACUGCGUCAUGGCUCAGCUCCACCUCGCCGACGCAGAACCGCACAUCUCUCCUUCCGCUCCCUCCCCAGAGACCGCAGCAACAAAGCUGAGAAUCCAAAUACGCCGGCGCGUCUUCUGGUCAGCCUACACCCUGGACCGCGCCGUCGACACAACAUUCGACCUCCCCUUUUCCGUCCCAGACUACCAAAUCACGGUGAAGCUCUACGCAAACAUCGACGACGCGGACCUCGAUGCCGCAUGUGAGAGGGCCUCGUUUCCAGAUCGGUAUCAUCACCCGCGCGGCCGAACAGGCGUCUCGGCCGCCUUGCAUGUAGUCUACUGCCGCCAGAUCCAAUCCGAGAUCCUCAACACGACCCUCCACCGCGAUUUUUCGACGCACUUUGACGACCUCCCUCACUGGCGGCUCCGCGUCCUCGACAAGUUGGACCGCUGGCGCGCCCUUUGUCACCGCACUCACCUCCAUUCCCGCAUCCGCUCCCGCUCCCGUUCGUUCACCCACCCAGAAUGGCUCCACAUGAUCUACAACUACUCCCUCGCAAUGCUCCAUCAACCAACCCGCUCCACGGCCGCCGGUCCAGCAGGCGACUGGACCGUCAAGUCUUGCAUCCAAGCCUGCCUCAUCUUCCGCAAGUUCCAGCGCCGCGGCCACCACAGCGGUCUCAACCACGCGCCCAUUGCAGAGCUCUGGCUCGGCCUCGUGGCGCAGUUCAAAUGCGGUGUCGCCUUGCUAUACUGCUUCUUCGCCACGCCGCCGGCGUUACGUACGGCGACCUAUGCGGUACCCGAGGCCGCGGAGGCUGUUAGGGCGUGUAGCGUUGUUAUCUCUAUUCUGGCGGAGCAGUGGCCUCAGAGCAUUUGUCUCGGGGAUGCGUUUGAUAUCUUGGCAAGAGAGGUGCCGCUGUACGAGCUUAGUAGUACACCUGCCAAGGUAGCGGGCAUAGCAGAUGCAGCUGCAGUGACGGGUCCGCGCAAGAUGAGAUCCGAAUCAGCAGGUGCGUUGAUGGCGAUGAGGGGACAGCUCGAGAUCAUCGUGGUGCACCGCAACACGCUACACAUGAUUCGAGAGAUGGCGCUGGACGAGUUUCCACGUCCGCCGUCAUCGGCUGGUACAGAGUCUCAGACUCAACCUGAGGCGUCUCUAGCCAACACCACGGCGGCGGCGGCAGCAGCAGCAGCUCAGCUCGGCGAAGGGGACUCACCCUCUUGUGGGCGAACGAGCAUCACCGGUGACAUGUUCCAGCCCAUGACGCCUCACUUCUUCCAGUCGAGCUUAACCAGUCUCGAGGCAGAGGGAUUCGAUCUUGCUGCGCUCGGGUUCCCUGGCGACUUUGAUCUGCUAGACGCUUGA